AUGGUCCCUAGAGAUCCCGGCAAGCCGGUGCCGCAGACCGAACCUUCAAAGGGAAAAUCAAGGAGACACCGCACAUCGGUCGUCGACAAGGAACAGCCUGCUUCGUCGACCUCGCGCUCUUGUUCAUUGCAGUCGAGGCAGUCACUUGACAUAAUGCCUGAUGCGCCCGCUCGGAUGCGCCACCCGGACCCUGCGCACGGAGCUCAAGCCAGGCCUCCCACCACUGAAAGCAGCGGCACCGCCGCCGCCCUUGCAGCGGCUGGAAAAAUCAGUGUCUCAACCUCGAAGCCUAACGACAAACCCGUUGAGGCUGACCCUGGAGUCGUUUCACAAUCGGAGAAACCGGUGGACCAGCAGGUCCAAGUGGUACCGACUUUAAAGUACCGGCAGAGCCAACCAGAAACGCUCUCUGUGAAAAACCUGCACACGAAGCAGUCUACAGGUGCGUUAUCAGCCGGCUCCGAUGCUGCUCUUGCAGCGCAUACCAGGGACAGCAGCAGGUUUUACAGCGUCACCGCCUUAUUCCUAUUGGUCGCGGCCAUCGUCGUGGGAGGCCUGUUCGCGGUGAUCUUCUUGUUUACUAAGUGGGAGAGCCAGGUGCUGCUCCAGGUUCCGGGCCUGGGCAGGUUCCGCGGCUUCGUCCUCGUGAUCGAGAACCAGCCGGUGUACGUGUUUCGAGGGGUUCGCUUCGGUCAGGACACGUCAGGGGAGAAGCGGUUCGACAGGCCCGCCGCUUGGACCGAGAACAGAAACGUGGUCACAGACGCGAGGCUGUCCAAACCGGGCUGCGUGCAGGAACCGCUGAAGGAGAAGGACAAAUCCAUCGAGCUCAACAACGACACAACCGAGGACUGUUUGCACCUGAACGUGUGGACACCAUGUACGGAGGCCUCGGAGCCCGGCUGCCGCAGGACGGUCGUGGUUUUCCUCUCAUCGCAGGGUUUCCAACAGGGCAACAACAACCACUAUGACGGCCGCUGGUUCGCCGCUCUCGGCCAGGUGGUCGUGGUGGUGCCGAAUUUCAGGCUGGGUGCCUUCGGCUUCCUCGACCUUGGCGUUCCCGGCGCCCCGGGAAACGUGGCGCUGGACGACCAGCGUCUGGCGCUGGAGUGGGUGGUGUCGCACAUUGGUAGCUUCGGUGGCAACGCCAGUGACAUCGUCCUCAUGGGCAGUGCCGCCGGUGCGUGGUCGGUGGGUGCUCACAUCACUGGCGAUGAUCCGUUCUGGCGUCACGAACGAUUCGCCAAGGUCAUCCUUCACAGCGAGUCGCCGUUUAGGAGAUACUACGCCAACACCAUCCGCCAGGUGACGCAGCUGUUGAGGUGCCCGGUGGAAGACCGUCUGUCGCAGCUGUCCUGUCUUCGCAACGCUUCGGCGCGCGACGUAGUGCGCGUGACGAGCUCGUGGGACUGCCGCCAGGGCCCCUCCACGACGCGCGCGCCGGAGUCAGCGGCGCGCGUCGUCGGCCGUCGCUUUCUCGUGGGCGUAGUCUCGGACGAAGGGUCCCACUUAGCUGACUCGUUGCGCAGGCUGCCGUCGCGCGAACAGAACUUGCGCUGGAUGGCUAGCGAGUUCCUGCGCACCGUGUUCCGCAUAAAGCUCAGCGCCGAGCUCGCGGACGCCUACCGCAGCUCCGUCACGACCGAAGGAGGCGAUGCUUCCGGAGAUGGUUCGUCGGUCAGCCAGCUCCUGGGCGACGUGCUCCACGUGUGCCCACUCGUGCGACUGGCGCUAGAGCUUGCAGCCGAGCACAGGAAUAUGGUGUGGGGCUUUCUGUUCGACCACCGCGCCAGCUUCGCACCACCGUACGAUGGGACGGGCGCACCGCGGUUCUCCGAGCUCGACUUCGUGUUCGGCCGCGUCUUCGAUGGCUCCGUCGGACCUGCCAGUUUGGAUGAGCAGCGAAUGGCUAGGCAGCUCAUCGAACUUUGGGCCGGAUUUGCCAAGAGAGGUUCGUUGCCCAGGGUCAACCAGAACACCUGGCCUUCCUACACCGAUGGCAGGGCGGUCCACGUGCGCAUCACCCAGCAGGGGCUGGAAGAAAUGUGGGACUUCAAGAAGAACAACUGUUCCAUUGUGGCCAGCUACGUUCCGUACGCUGCCGACGAUACUGCAGCGCGGAGGAAAAAGAACACGACCGCGUGA